AUGGCACCAGAAUCAUGGCUGGACAUCGCACCUGAUUCUCGAUUUUCCCUCGCGAACAUACCUUUUGGCAUCGCUACUUUCCCAAGCUCAGACAAAGAGGCAAUUGCCGUAGCCAUAGGAGAGCAUGCCCUUAAUCUAGCAGUCUUCGCCUCAAACGAUGGGUUCUCCAAGAUGCCACUGAUCCAAAAGCAUAUUCACGUCUUUCAACAACCAACGCUCAACGCCUUUGCAGCCCUGGGACGACCACUCUCCGGAGCAGUGCGCCGCUACUUGCAAGAUAUCCUCAAGGCGGAGACGCCGUACCCUCAGCUGCUCAAAGAAGAUAAAGACCUACAAAACCAGUGUCUCGUCCCACUGAGUCAAAUUCAAAUGCAUCUCCCGUUCGACAUCGGAGGUUUCAGCGAUUUCUAUGGAGGUAUCAACCACGCAUACAAUGCAGGAGCCCUCUUCAGGGGCCAGAAUGGGGCACUACUACCAAACUACUUGCAUCUCCCCAUGGCGUACCAUGGUAGAUCAUCUUCGAUAUUCGUGUCUGGAACCCCGGUACGAAGGCCAUGGGGCCAGAUAGUAGAAGAUCUCACCGCGACCGAGAAGCGACCAAUCUUUGUUCCAUGUCGCACCAUGGAUUUCGAACUUGAACUCGGCUGCUUCGUAUGUGGUGGUAACGCGCCGUUUGAGAUCAUCUCCAUCGAAAACGCCGAAAACAACAUAUUCGGCUUUGUCUUGCUAAAUGACUGGUCGGCGCGAGACGUACAGCGCUGGGAAUAUGUGCCCCUUGGUCCAUUCAAUGGCAAAAACUUUGCGACCACAAUCAGUGCUUGGGUAGUAUUGGCGGACGCUUUAGAACCCUUUCGGAAGGCCGGAGUAAAACAUCCUGGGCCGCUGUUGCCAUAUCUACAGGAACAGCGCGAAGACUUCACCUAUGAUUUGAACCUAGAGGUGGAGCUUGUGAGUGGCAGCUCAAAGAGCACAACGAGGAUUUGUUCGACGAAUGCUUGCGACGGCCUCGUUUGGUCGUUUCCUCAGAUGCUCGCCCAUCAUACGAUUACGGGCUGUCUCAUUAAGCCAGGUGAUCUUCUCGGAUCUGGGACGAUUAGUGGUGAAACCACCUCUUCUCUAGGCUGUCUUCUAGAACAAACCCUUAAUGGGAAGCAGCCGAUCCACUUAGAAGGGGGCGAGAAACGAUUCUGGCUGGAAGACGGCGAUGAGGUGAUCCUGAAGGCUUGGGCAGGAAAUGAGCAAGACGGACUCGUGGGAUUUGGCGAUGCGGCUGGUGUGCUGCUUCCAGCUCACAUACAGAUUGGACUAGAUACGCUUUAA